AUGGACAUACCUAAAUGGAAGUGGGAAAAGAUUGCAAUAGAUUUUGUCAUCGAUUUUCCUAGAUCAGUGAGAGUUCGGACAACCUACAGCUUAGAACAGCUCGCACAAAUUUAUGUCCGGGAGAUUAUGCAGCUUCAUGGAGUUCCGGCAUCUAUCGCAGCUGCAGGUACCAAGUUGUAUGGUAGACGAUGUUAUUCGCCAUUAUACUGGGAUGAAGUUGGUAAAAGUAGAAUUUUGGGCCCAGAAUUGGUCGAAAAGAUUGUGGAGGCUAUACGUAAAAUUAGAUCAAGAAUUAAGAUUGUCCAAGAUCGUCAAAAGAGCUAUGCCGACAAAAGGAGAAAAGAAUUGACUUUUGAAGUUGGAGAGAAAGUAUUUCUCAAGGUCGCGCCGAUGAAGGGAAUACUACGAUUUGGAAAGAAAGGAAAGUUGAGUCCUAAAUUUAUUGGCCCAUUUGAGAUUCUUGAAAAGAUUGGGAAUGUGGCAUGUCGGUUAGCACUGCCACCUGAGCUUUCAGCAGAGCACAAUGUAUUUCACAUUUUUAUGUUGAGAAAGUACAUUUCGAAUCCUAAUCAUGUAGUUAAUGUUUAA